UCACAUCGGACACUCUCUGGAAACAGACUCAGAGCAGCAUUGACGACGCAGUAAUUUAACAGCAGAUGUUUCCAGAGCUGCUGUUUCUAAUAAAACAUCAAUAUGUCCAUAUUUACACCAACAAAUCAGAUCCGGCUGACCAACGUGGCGGUGGUGAGGAUGAAGAAAGGAGGCAAGAGGUUUGAAAUCGCCUGUUACAAGAACAAAGUGAUGAGCUGGAGGACAGGAGCAGAGAAAGACCUGGACGAGGUCCUGCAGACACACUCAGUCUUUGUCAAUGUGUCCAAAGGUCAGGUGGCUAAGAAGGAUGACAUGACCACUUGUUUUGGGACAGAUGAUCUGACAGAAAUCUGCAAACAAAUCCUGUCCAAAGGAGAGCUCCAAGUGUCCGACAAGGAAAGGCAGUCCCAGCUGGAGACGAGUUUUAGGGACAUUGCGACUAUUGUGGCGGAGAAGUGUGUCAACCCGGAGACCAAGAGGCCGUAUACGGUCAAUCUCAUCGAGCGGGCGAUGAAGGACAUCCACUACUCUGUCAAGGCCAACAAGAGCACCAAACAGCAGGCUCUGGAAGUGAUCCGGCAGCUGAAGGAGUCCAUGGAGAUCCAGAGAGCCCACAUGAGGCUGCGAUUGGUGCUGCCAGCCAAGGAGGCCAAGAAGCUGAAGGAGAAGCUGAAACCGCUCCUGCAGGUCGUGGAGAGUGAAGACUUUGUAGAGGAGCUGGAAAUGGUGUGUCUGGUGGAUCCCGGCUGCUUCAGGGAGAUCGAUGAGCUGAUCCGCUGUGAGACUAAAGGCAGAGGUUCUCUGGAGGUUCUCAGUCUGAAGGAUGUGGAGGAGGGAGAUGAGAAAUUCUAGAAACCCAACCAGCCGGGGCUCCUGUACCUUAUCCACACUAAACACGCCUCACUAACGCGACACAAACUCCGUAAAGAGUCUAUAUUUUUGAUGAGAUUCAUGCUAAUUUCAGCCAUUCCUGCUUCUGAAUCUCUCUAUGUUUAAAGGAAGUGUUUAACAGAAGGAAAAGUGUUGCCAGAUUUGCAUGCUGGGUGGAAUGUAUUUGUGGAAAAUUUGGCUGAGCAUGUAACUCACAGGACAGUAAAUAGUUCUGAUGUGCAUUCACUUAUUUAUCCUGUUUUUUAUGUCAGUACCUCUGUAUCAUUAACAGAAAUGUUCUGCCUUCCAUCAGACUUUGUGCCAUUUAGUCACGCUCAAUAUCCCAGUUUUAUGGAUAAUUACUUUAAUCCAAUAACUUAUAUUUUGUCAUAAUGAAUAAGUUUGUUCUGUAGAAAAUAAAUAUGUAACACAAUA